UGAGAUGUCGAAACAUGUCCAUUAAAAAAAAAACUCGUAUAUAUUAAAUGCGCAUUCGCAAUAUUGCUUCUGCGAAGUAAUGCCAUAAUAUUAUUCAAAAACAUGUUGCAAAUUUGCAUAUUCGUUUGUUUCAUCUGUUGUCAUCAAUGGUUGUCAUGAUGAUGAAAACUUGAAACUUGGCAGAAUUUGAGAUAUAUAAUAUAUUUUCUACUUCUGUACAGAAUGAGCGAGGCAGAGCUCUGCAAUUCACAAAGUGCUGAAGAAGAGAUUGAGAAAGAGGCCGAGAAAGCGUUUGAAAACCUGGUGUUGGAGACUCAAGUAUUAGAAAAGAUCAAUACUGAUGUUGGUGAUGAAGAAUUUGAGCGUGUUUGGAGAGAUGAAACCUGUCAUCAAAAUUCUGAUUUGUCAGAUUAUCAUAAACAGCUAUCUGACAAUAAAAAUAGAAUCAAUGUGCGCUGUGAUUCCGCUGACAGAAAAACAGAAAGCAUUGUGGAUGAUGUUGAACUUAUACGCCCUUCAACUUUAUAUGGAUUUCAAACAGUAUCCCUGUCUGCCCUACCUGGGAGCAGAUUGAGAAUUGAAAGGUCUCCAUCAGAAACAUCAGGUGAAGCAUCAAAUGGCUCUUUUGCAAUCAGUGAAAAUUCUUCUGUAUUUAAUCAUGAUAUGGCCAUAACUGCUGAAAAUGGAAACAAACAUGAAAUAUUGGCUAUUGUCAAUCCAGUCAAUUCUCUGGAACAAGCUCAGGCAGAAUGGAAAAUGGUUAAAAAUAUACAAACAGGUGAAAACGAAACGAUUAAAACAUCUCCCGAGGUUUCAUUUCGUGAAGCAUUAGAGUAUUUUCGAAGUUCCAAUACUUUGGAUCAACAUAUGUCUCAUAUUAAACCAACUGUGCAACAUAAUGGGUGUUCAGCUUUCUCUAAUUUUCUCUUUGGGCCACCUAAAAUGAAAAGACAAUUAAACAAUGAACGCUGUCUUGUAUUUGCCUUGGCGUUGUGUGUGUUUAAUAACGACGAGGAAAUACACAAUAAUGUUUUGCAAACUAUUUAUAAGCGAUUGGCUGGGACAAAAUUAGACUGUCCACGUUAUGGAAACCAUUGGCAAGUUAUUGGCUUUCAAGGCCUGGACCCAUCCACAGAUCUUCGUGGUUGUGGGUUUCUUGGCUUGUUGAACAUACUCUACCUGGUUACAGAACCUCGCGCUCAGUCGCUUGCUACUAAUAUAUAUAAGUUAUCACUUCACGAAACUCAAAAUUUUCCGUUCAGCGUCAUGUCAAUCAACAUAACCAGAAUCGCAUUGCAGACCUUGAGAGAGGGAAAACUUAACAGAAUAUGCAACAGUAGAGGAACAGUAAUGGAUGUGUUUAAUGAGUUUUAUGCUGGUGUAUUUUACCGUGUCUACACAGUUUGGAAAAAUCAGAGAAAAACAAUGUCGGAGUCAGGUUUCGUAUUACACGAAAUCGAAAAAAACUGCAAGAAUCAUACCAUUGAAGUCUUAAGAGACUUUUCGAAAGUUCUAUCGGAGAAAAGUCGUGCUUUCAAACACGAAGAAACGUCUGUGUUCUCACGAAGCACACCAGAAAAAGUCGAAGGGUUUUCAGGAGUUUGUGAAAUAGAGGAUAACGAAGAAGACGAUGUGCAUUUGGUGUGAAAUAAUUUUUAAAAAACUCAUCAUGCAGCACGAAAAUCUUAAAACUUACCCUCGACGAUUUUGCUCUAUAAAUUGCAGCGUUUAUCAUCUAUGAGUACAUCAUACUGAGGCUAAACGGGAGUUAGCAAUUUUGACGAAAUGAUAUUAUCCAAAGAAUCAGACAAUUGAAUUUCGACCAUUUAAAACUUCCUACAGAAAUCACUGUUCAAUAUGAUGUUCUAAAAUUUAUGUAUGAAGUGGCGUCUUCUUUCAAUUGUCAUUGUGUUGGUUCGUGAGUGCUGGCUAGCUGAACUCGUGUUAACAGAUUUUUAACUAAGAUUGACUUAGAUAAAAAUCUAGGAUGAAUAUCAAAACUCUGAAUGUUACGAAGUGAAAUUUCUUAUUCGUCAGAAAAUAUUAAGUGCAAGUUCGAAUAACAUAAAAUGUAACAAAAAACAUGAAGAAAUUAAAAUAGUUCUGUAAAUAAUUUUACAGGUCGUAGAAGCACUAAGUGUAAAUAUUGUAAUGUGAUUUGGUGAAUUAAAAGCUUCAAUCCUUUGUCAAUACA